AUGAGAAAAACAAAAGAGCAAGAAAUAAUUUGUCAUUUAUGUCAUAAUACCCAAACAACAAAGUGGAGAAGGGUAACUGAAGAUGCCUUGAUCAAAUGUAAAGAUAAUGGUAUUAGUCCUAAUCCAUCCACCAACUCUUCUGCUAAUGCAAGUUUAUCUUCUAACUCUUCUAACAACUCAACCAAGUUAAAGUCUUUUAAUGAUUUAAGUUCAACAUCACAAAAAAAUGAAAAGCUAAAAAAAGUUGGAAAGGAAAUAUAUUAUAAUGCAAAAGAAGUAUUACAAAAUUCUAAUAUAACUUCUUUUAAUCUGAAAAAAAUUACUUUAGAAAUUGAUAAUAUAGAUUAUGAGAUAGAUUUUAUGAAUUCCAACAUUACUGAUAGUAACUUAAUAUUAAGGCAAGAUGCUGUUGUGCGUUCAUGUGAUGAAGCAAUGAUUUCUAGGGAUGCAUAUAGAUCACUUUCAAAAAAUUACCCAGAGUUAGAAAGGUAUUAUAAAAUAGAAUAUAGGCGUCAAGUAAUCCAAAACAUCAUUAAUAACUUAAUUCCAAUUAAUAUAUUUAAUAUCAAUGACAAUGAUGAAAAUGUUGAAUCAAGUGAUGGAGCCUAUUGUUCAAUUAUACACAUAUUAAAUAUUAUAAUUCCUUUAUUAAAAUCUUCAAAAACAUUUAAUUUAUUUAAUUGUACAUUAAAAAUCAAAUUAAGUGGUGAUGAAUAUUGCUGGUCAUUAUUUAAUGAAGAACUUUCUAAUUUGAAAACAAAUGGAUAUGUUGAUCCAGAAAAUACCUAUUGGAAUGUUGAAUUUUUUAUGUCUGCAGAUUGGAAAUUCAUGCAAUUGGUUCAUGGUAUUAAGGCUCCUACAGCUGAGUAUUUUUGUCUUUAUUGCAAUUGUUCUAAAUCACAAAGAGCAAAUAUGGAGCUCCAGUGGCAUAAUGAUUAUAAUUCAAAAACUAAAAGUUAUAAUUAUGAUUGCCUAUUACCAUUUGUUGAUUAUAAAAACUGGAUACCAGAUGAGCUCCAUUCAAUGCUAAGGAUAAGUGAUAUUUUAUUUGAAUCUUUGUUUUAUGAUCUUAAUCAUAACCCAAAAAAAAUUGAAAAAGAAAUUUCUAAUCAAAUAAUUUUAGAAACCAAAAAGAAUUGGAAUUUCUAA